GCCCUUGAUCAAUUUAAUACUUCCAUCCUCUCUUUAUAUCCAUCUCUAUAGACAUAUUAGGUUAGGAGUAGACAAUUUCAACGUGAUUGCAAAGGAGGAAAAGCAAGAGUUUUGAAUGGUUCUUGAAGAUUUUAAAUAAUACUCAUGUGUUGAAAACUUAUAAAAAGAAAUAAUUUAUAAGAUACCCUUUUGGUUUUCAACAAGAGAUCAAGAUGGGAAGUUGUGCGAGGAAUGGAGCAGUAAGGCAAUACAUAAGAUCAAAGGUUCCAAGACUAAGAUGGACUCCUGAGCUUCAUCACUCUUUUGUUCAUGCAAUUGAAAAACUUGGGGGUCAUGAAAAAGCUACUCCAAAGCUUGUUCUUCAGAUGAUGGAUGUAAGGGGACUCACCAUUUCCCAUGUCAAAAGUCAUCUUCAGAUGUAUAGAAGCAUGAAGAGCGAUGGAAAUAAACAAGAUGUUGAAGAUCCCAGUUCCAUUGGAUCACGAAGAAGACAAUCUCUUGAUCAGGAGCAUCAUGAUGGAUGUCUUGAUCAUGAGCAUCGGUUGAAGCCCAUCUUUCAAGAUUCAUAUCCCCACUCCUUUUUCACCCUCCCUUCUAAAAGAGGGAGAAUGGAGACAAGAGAUGGUAAGCAUGAAUGGUGGGAAAAUGGAGUUGUAGGGAAUCUCACAUGGCAUCAGCCUCAUUCUUUCCAACAUUUUCUCUUGCAACCUUCUUUUACACAUGUACAUGCUGUUCAUCCAGAAUCAAAUUUACUAAAGAUUUUAGGAGAAGGUGAUGAAACUUGUGGACCGUUUAAGAGACGAAAAUUGGAGAGCUUAACAAGUAUUCAAGACAAUGAUGAAGACAAAUUACUAUUGACGCUUUCAUUGCCCAAUCCUUUGACACAAAAGAGUAGUAACGGUUCAUCAACGAGUGACAUUAGUGAGGUGUACUCGACGCCUAGUGUAAAUGAUGGCUCGUCAAACAAGUGUCGUGUUAACUUAGACCUGUCUAUUGCUUUAUGUGGUAAUUGAAGAGCCUUAUUUAUUA